CAACGAUGGUUUUAGCCGUCUCCCGUCUCAGUGACAACACAAUUUUUUUAAAAUGUUUAAUACCUUUAAUACAUAUUGAGUUCGCAAAAUAUCUUUAAUAAAUACAUUGAAUACAGAAGAAAAUUAACCAAUAUUUAAUAUCAGUUUAGAAAAAACAGUCAAAAUGUCACAAGCAUUGGAGGAACGUGAAAACUUUAUUAUGGAAGGUUUAUCGGAACUUAUCCAGUCACUAACCGGAUUCGAAGAGUCAGAUGAAAACUUUGGUCUCUGUCAGAAUUUUGCACUAGGCACAAUUCGAAGCCAUCGGUUCUUGUCGGUUAAUAGUCAUGAAAUCCGUCGCAAAGCCGAUGGGUUUAUGGAAAACUUACGUAUAUCAAAUAUGGAUAAGCAAGCAGAUCAGUUUCGAGAGCAUUACGAAAAAUUUACAACGCAUUCGCUAUGCUUGGAGCAUCAGGAACACGGUAUUCAGUGGUCAGUGCUUCUAUUUUUGAUGACCGUAGCACACAAUCCGAUUGGAGCCUUGAAGGAUCGAAUUAGACGUGGUUCUCCAAUUGGCAUACCGCAAAUAUCUCUAGCUUCCGCCGAGCAUACUCUAGAUCAUGAUGAAAAAGAAAAACUGCUCCAAGAAUUGCGAGCUGAUAAUUUGGUGAUUGCAACAGGCGAUUCGGAAGAUAAUGAUUCCGACUUGAGUGACUGGUCCGAUUCCGAGGAUGAAGAAAAUUAUAAACAGAUUACCGAAUCAGAAUCGUUAAAGGUAACAAAUGAAACGAAACUUGAUAAACAAGUUGUGGUCUUUACCCGAGUAGAUCCCCCAAAACGUGACCAAGGAUAUGAACAGUUCAAUGGAACAAAAUCGGAACAGUGGUUGCGCGAAAACGUUCAGACAUGCUGGUGGAAAAAUUCCCAGACUAAGGCAGAAGUGAACAGUUCCCAUACAGGAGCAUCUUUCUGUGACUAUUGGAAUCGGACUAUCCUGAAAGCUUCACAUAGUUUCAUGAAACUAGAUCCUGUUUCAACCGUGUCCGAGUACUGCCUUGUACGAGAAAUUCUAUGGAUGUUUAUCAAUCCAACUGACUGUAAGUUUUUUCGUAUCGAUGAUGAUCAAAUUUGGAUCAAUCCUAACGUAUCAUUAUCUAGUGCUACCGAGCGUGGUUUGCAUACGUUUCUGCUGAAUUUCACCGAACAUAUGACCAUUGUUUAUAGAUUACGUAAUUUUUGUCACAAGAUAUCGGAAACAACUAGUAAUCCCAUUCCUGCUCCGUACAGUUUUGAGUGUUACGCUUCAGCCGUCAGAAACUUUCUAGACCACUUGGAAGCAUUUAUUGUUCAACUAGAGAAAGAGGUCAUUGCUCAGCAGCCAGAUCGAAUAUUCACAGUGAUUACGCUUUUUCAUGAGUUGGAUUCGGAAUUUCGGCAAUUGAAAAAUCUAUACGACAUUCACCGCUUUUCGGUACUGGAUUGGACGAAAUUUCCAGCUCAUAUUGCCGUGGCUCAUUUGCUAUCAGGCCUGUUUCGAAGCGUUAAGCUUAGUGGAAACUUAGAGAAAACAAAUCUCGCCUUUGCCUUGUUAUUAUCCACACUUAAAGGCUAUAUGAACAUCAUUGACACCUGGUGGACUGAAGGUCGGUUGGACGAUUGGAGAGAAGAGUUUUUAGUGGAAAAAACUUAUGCUGGUGAAGAUCAGAGCGUGAUCGGUUAUCAAGCUCGUUUAUUCUCAAAAUGUAAGAAACGUUCCUUCUACGUUAGCUCGGCAAUUUCGGAAGUCAUUGAGAAUGAUGCCAUAAUUCAACUGUUGAUGCAUCAUUCACUGGAAGCUGGCUAUACCUUAAACAUACUAACUGGACUCGAUAGAAUAAGUGAUUUAAGAAGUGGUUGUGAAUCGGUAGAUGAAAGCAUGGUGUAUGUUGGUUUUUUGAAAGCGAUUAUCGAAGUACUUGAAGGGUUCAGAACGACCCACGGUGAGGUUACGGAGUCCUCAGUCGAUAACGGAAUGAAUAUAGAAUCAUCCAAAAAGGACACUGUAUGCUCAAUGAAGCUACAAAAUCUUCGCAACCAGAUUAAGGAGAUAUGUGAUGAUGAGUUGUUUAUGAUGGCUUUGGAUAGUUCUCUACGUCUUGCGUGCACAGUAAACGACGACUCACAACCAGAACUGAUGCCAGACGCACCUGCCGAUUGUAUAAGUAACGCAUAUUUCCUUUACAAAAGGUUAAACUCAAUCUCUGCAAAUCUUAUGUUACCGUUGGAAAAUGUGCUGUUUAGUACUAUUAAGGAUCUGAUGGAAACGAAACGUCAGGCGGCUAAUCAUUUUGUGACCACCAUCUAUAAGCAAGAGUUUCUUGUGUUGAACCAUUUAAAGAACAUUCGUAAAGUAUUGCUGCUAGAAGCAAGUGAUUUAAUGUACUAUUUUUAUAGUGAUUUAUUUCGACGAAUCGAAGCAGGAGAGAGUUGGGCCAAUCCAUACUUGCUGACGAUUCAGUUGAACGAUAUAUUGGCAUCCAGAUUUACAGACAUGACGUCUUUAUUCACGAUUGAAAUCCUCUCGGAAUACAAAUCAGAAUCUACGACGGUAGUGCUGGAUGCAAUCGACCAGAUUCGCGUUUUAUAUAACCCUAGCAAUGACCUUAGUAACAUGAUCAACGAGGAAACAAUGACAAGCUAUAAUUGUGUUUUCCGGUUUUUACUCAAAAUCAAAUGGGCACUCUGCACAUUGGAAUCUCUUCGAUAUCCGGAAUGUUACAAACGACGCCCACCUUACGAGGAACCUUGCGUGUUGGAUUUGAAUCUCAAGCGACUGGCAAUGCUAAAGUUUUGGAUGAUUUUCACAGUCCAGUGUAUCCACUCGCAUCUGAUGACGCAUGUGCUGCAAUCACUGGGUAUGCAAUUGGACAAACGUCUUCAAUCUGCGGACAACCUUAAUGAUAUGAUUGCCGUUCAUCAGUCCUAUAUCAGCACGAUCUACGAACACAGUUUUCAGCGUGAUGAGAGCAAGCUGUUUCGUGAGGGAAUCGUACGUCUGUUGAAUCUGGUGCAUAUUGUACGCGAUGAGUGGAACAGCAAUGUUCUUUAUUCAGAGAUGGACGCCCGCGGAGACAUCGAGGAUAAUAGUAUGAUCGGUGACUUUAUCAGCAAUGCACAAGUAGGAAUGCUGGAGAAAACGUACUGCAAAUGUCAUCAGCAGCUUGCAGAGUUGCUUAAUCGAGAAGUGUACACAAAACAUAAGGCUCAUCUUGCCGCGCUAUCUGAUGCGUUCAGCUACAAUGUUCCUUAUUAAAUGUUUACUGCAACACUCCAGAGUUGAUGAAUAAAAUAUUUAUUGUUAUUAUAG